AUGGCCGGCGCAAUCUUCCACACCCCACCCACCUUCGUGCCCGCAUACAGCCCCCGCGACGACGCCCGCCGAGCCCACCAGAACCAGCACCAACACCAAGACCUCCUCAUCGACACCUCCGUCCCACCCAUCCCCACGCACAACAACAGCGCCCUCGCCGCGCACCGCAACCCCCGCUCCAUCCGCACGCGCAGCCUGCCCUUCGGCGCCGGCGUCGUCUUCGAACGAGACCUCCCCGCGCCCUCGGAUGACGAUAUCAUAAUCGUCACGGUGCGGCUGCAGAAUCCCUUCCGGCGGUCGUCGAUUGAAGGGGCGGAGUCACUACCCUCUCGCCCCCCACCCCGCUCCUUCCUCCGCCGCCUCUCGACCCGCAUGAACAUCGACCACAGCGCGGAGAAAGAGGAGCGCUACAAAGCCAUCAAGAUGCCGCGGCGGGAGUAUAAGAAGUAUUUCGCGCGGGAUAAGGAGGGGAAUUAUGCGGGGACCGAGGAGGAGAGGGGGUGGGAUGAGGAGGAAUUGACCAGGUGUUAUGGGGAGUAUCAGAAUGUGCCGUUGCAUAGUAUUCUUUGUUGA